CGAUGACUUGAGUCCACUUCCGGUUUGCGCUUGCAAACGGCUUGUAACUAGAGCUGCUUAUCUGACCGGAAGUGAAGGAGCAGGCGUUUGGAUAAGAGAAGAUCGGUCAUCGAAACCAGAACCGAUACCGGGUUGUGGACCGAGCUGAGCAUGCGCAGAUCACAGGAUGAAGUUCUGGCUCAGGGCCCAAAGGUCCUGGUUACAGGUGCGACCGGCCUCCUUGGCCGGGCCGUCUGCAGAGAGUUUCAGAGCCAUGGCUGGGUGGUGACUGGGACCGGAUUCCGGAGAGCCCGGCCCCGCUUCCUGAGGUGUGACCUGACUGACGAGGAUGCCGUCAGGAGACUGCUUCAGGAGUAUAAGCCCGAUGUAGUCAUUCACUGCGCAGCAGAACGGCGCCCAGACGUCAUGGAGCGUAACUCUGAUGCUGCAGUCGGCCUGAACGUUCACGCCACCAGCACGGUGUCCAAGGAGGCAGCUGCCUGUGGGGCUGUCCUCAUCUACAUCAGCACCGACUACGUGUUUGAUGGUCGGAACCCUCCGUAUGGAGAAGACGACUCUCCCAACCCACUCAAUCUGUAUGGCCGAAGCAAACUGGAGGGCGAGAGAGAGACUCUCCGACACUGCCCAGGUGCAGUGAUUCUGCGUGUUCCUGUCCUGUUUGGGGAGGUGGAGUCAGUGAUGGAGAGCGCAGUGACGUCUUUAUGGCAGAAGAUCCAAGAGGCGACGGAGGAGAGCUGCCCGAUGGAACACUUCAUGCAGAGGUUCCCGACCGAUGCUCGAGACGUUGCCACCGUCUGCAGGAAGCUCGCUGAGAGAGCGAGGCAGGAUCCGUCCAUCCGAGGAAUCUUCCAUUUUUCGGGGAAAGAGCAGAUGACCAAGUAUGAGAUGGCUGUGGCCAUGGCGCAGGCCUUCAACCUGCCAUCCAAUCACCUCAUCCCUCUGACUGAGCAGCCAGCUGGGUCAACUCCUCGUCCAAUCAACAGCCAGCUAAACUGCUCCCGCCUGGAGCUGCUGAACCUGAGCGUCGAGCCUCGAGCGUUCUCCACCUCCAUCGUGGAGUGCCUGUGGCCGUUCACGGCUGACAAACGUUGGAGACAGACCGUCUUUCACUGAGGGGUUCUCGUUGGGAUGAACAGGAUGAAUCUUAGCUAAUAUUGUAACUGCUUCAAAUGUGAAAACAAAAGUUUUGGUUUGAAUUUCUUCCUCUUUAAAACGUCCCUAAAGAUGCAUGUGUUGGAGUCCUGAUAGCCCCCUGAAGGCUGCAUCCAUGAUGUAGAAACUGAAGUGACUCCGCUUUGUCUCAUUGUAAAGAGACUGAGUUUACCUGUCCACCCUAACUGCUCCUCAGUGUUUGAUCUAAAUCUAAUUAUGGUUUGGAUUGUUCACAUUAAUCAGCUGCACCUCUUAUCUGAUGUCACUGACAUGUUAGUAAUAAUAGAUUAUCCACAGAUGAUGUAUAUAUGUUAACAGCAUGAAACUGAGUAUUUGUUGCUGCUUAAUUAAUUGAAUAAUAAAAGAGGUUGAAUAUCUUA